CAUCAGUGAGACCUAAGCUACUACUGGACUCAUAAAAGGCUUAGCAGAAAAUCAUCAGAGACCAGUGAAUGGCAUUCCACAUAAAUGAAACCGAGAACAUGGCUGAAAGCUUUGAGACCACACCCUAUGAUUAUGAGUGGGCUACGCCCUGUGAAAAAAUGAGCAUCAAGGAGCUGGGGUCAUUGCUCCUACCUCCACUGUACUCCCUGGUAUUCAUCAUUGGCCUCCUGGGCAACAUGGUGGUUGUGUUGAUCCUCAUAAAGUACAGGAAGCUCCACAUUAUGGCUAAUAUCUACCUGCUCAACUUGGCCAUUUCUGACCUGCUCUUUCUCUUCACCGUUCCAUUCUGGAUACACUAUGUUAUGUGGAAUAAAUGGGGUUUUGGCCAUCACAUGUGUAAAGUGAUCUCUGGGUUUUAUUACCUUGCCUUGUACAGUGAGAUCUUUUUCAUCAUCCUGCUGACAAUUGAUAGGUACCUGGCCAUUGUUCAUGCUGUGUUUGCCCUGAGAACCCGGACUGUGACUUUUGCUACCAUCACUAGCAUCAUCACCUGGGGACUGGCAGGGCUGGCUGCAUUCCCUGAAUUUAUCUUCUAUGAGUCCCAAGACAACUUUGGAGAGCAUUUCUGCGGUCCUCAUUACCCAGAGGGUGAAGAAGACAGCUGGAAACGUUUCCAUGCUCUGAGAAUGAAUAUCUUUGGUCUAGCUCUCCCUCUCCUCAUUAUGGUUAUCUGCUACUCAGGAAUCAUUAAAACUCUGCUGAGAUGCCCCAAUAAAAAAAAGCACAAGGCCAUCCGACUUAUUUUUGUUGUCAUGAUAGUCUUUUUUAUUUUUUGGACCCCGUACAACCUGGUUCUUCUUCUCUCUGCUUUUCACAGCACAUUUUUGGAGAACAGCUGUCAACAGAGCAAACAGCUGGACCUGGCCAUGCAGGUGACUGAGGUGAUUGCCUACACCCACUGCUGUAUCAACCCAAUCAUCUAUGCCUUUGUUGGCGAGAGGUUCCGGAAACACCUUCGGCUUUUUUUCCACCGACACGUGGCAAUCUACCUGGGGAAAUAUAUUCCAUUCCUUCCUGGUGAGAAAAUGGAAAGAACCAGUUCUAUUUCCCCAUCAACUGGGGAGCAAGAAAUCUCUGUGGUGUUUUAGUUGGGCAGAGAAAACUUGCCCAGAUUAUACGAACUGGGGAAUGAAGCAAACACAUGAAGUCAAUCACAAUGAUCUCUAAUUCAGUCAUUUGUACUGUCCAUGUAGCACUGAUGAUCUCAAAGACCUUA